AAACGAUGCAAAGCAAACACAAGCUGAAUUGAAGCAGCCUAGCUAGCUAAUUAACACCACUAGCUAAUUAAGCUCGCUCGAUCACUUCAUCACUUAGCAAUGGCUUCCACCAAGGUCGUCGCUCCCCUCCUCGCCCUCACCCUCCUGCUCUUCGCCGUCGCGGCGCACGGCUGUGAGCCCAACUGCUCCGGCGGUGGUCCGGUGAUCCCGACGCCGACAACGCCGUCGUACGACCGCCAUGGCCACUGCCCCAUCGACGCCCUGAAGCUGAGGGUGUGCGCCAACGUGCUCAAUGGGCUCGUCGGCGUCAAGAUCGGAGCCGGCCCCAACGAGUGCUGCUCGCUGCUGCAGGGGAUCGCCGACCUCGACGCCGCCGUCUGCCUCUGCACCGCCGUCAAGGCCAACGUGCUGGGCAUCAACCUGAAUCUCCCCGUCGAUCUGAGCCUCAUCCUCAACAAGUGCAGCAAGAUCUACCCAUCCGGCUUCACCUGCUAAUUGAGCUCGAUCGUGCAUAAUUAAUCUUCAUGCGAUGACGAGGAUUGAUCUGAGUUGCAUGAUAAAUUAAAGAUUAAUCUUGAAAUAAUUAUAUUGUUAUUCACUUCUACAUUUUUGCAGCCCAUUCUACAUUGUACCUUACUUUAUCAUUCUUGAAUUACUUAAUUGUUGUAAGUUGUAACGCAUUAUAGCAAUGUUGUUCUCCACAUGAUAAUUGUUAUAUAGCUUGUCCUCCUUAAUUUCUUUC